UUCUAGAACCUAAUUGGAUAUCUCACAUUUCUGAUUCGCCCCAUUUGUGUCAUAUCCAUUGGAUCUAUCAAAUGGCGGCUCAGAUAUCAGAGCUUUGUACCUUACCUAGAGGUAGCUACCCAUCGGAUCCCGGCGACUGACCGAAUACCUACUACCUAUCUGGUCGGAGUCAGGACAAGACGUGGAUUGCCACCCCAAUAAGGCGUGACCUAUACUUUCGACAUUCUUACUUCAAUGUCAUUGUGUUGUUUGCUAGCUAUUGUCUAUUGUCACGUUGUUCAAAGGAGAACCUAAGAAACUACUAUUCUUCCUCCCAAGUUUUAUCGAUCUAGUCGACGACGUUGCGCUAUAGCUACACGAUUUGUCCCUCGGAUAUCCGAAUGGAAUCUUAACUUUGCGACGCCACAUUAUUGAAGUCGGAGUUGAAACAAGGGAGCUGACAUCAUGGCCCCAAUUGCCAUCUCACCCGAGAGAGACCCGGCCUUAGAAACUGGAGGAUUAGCCUUAACCACCGUAUACGAUGAUACGAUUCGCUUUUAUCUCAAUGGUACCCGAGUAGUGCUCGAUGAAAUUGAUCCCGAGGUGACAUUGCUUGAAUAUCUCAGAGGUAUUGGCUUAACCGGAACCAAGCUUGGUUGCGGAGAAGGCGGAUGCGGUGCCUGCACAGUCGUAGUCAGCCAAUAUAACCCGACUACCAAACAAAUAUACCAUGCCAGCGUCAACGCCUGUCUAGCGCCCCUCGCUAGUGUCGACGGGAAACAUGUUAUAACAGUCGAGGGUAUAGGAAAUGUAAAACAACCUCACCCGACCCAAGAACGUAUAGCCAAGGGGAAUGGAAGUCAAUGUGGAUUUUGUACCCCAGGCAUCGUCAUGAGCUUGUACGCUCUAUUAAGAAACAACGAAAACCCCACCGAACAUGACAUCGAAGAGGCAUUCGAUGGUAACCUAUGCCGAUGCACCGGUUAUCGUUCGAUCCUGGAUGCAGCCCAUACCUUUAGUGCCAGUAACAAGAGUCCCUGCGGUAAAAGCACGGCGAAUGGUGGUUCCGGCUGUUGCAUGGAAAAUGGCAACGGCGAAGGGGGAGGAUGUUGUAAGAGUAAUGAUCUCACCGACAGUCAACCCAUCAAGAAGUUUACACCUCCAGGCUUCAUCGAAUAUAACCCAGAUACCCAGCUCAUAUUUCCACCGUCGCUAAAGAAACAUACAUUUAAGCCGCUUUCCUUUGGAAAUAAGCGGAAAAGGUGGUAUCGGCCCGUCACACUGGACCAACUACUGGAGAUAAAAAGCGUCUAUCCCAGCGCAAAGAUUAUUGGUGGGAGUACAGAAACACAGAUUGAAGUCAAAUUCAAGGCUUUGCAAUACCCCGUCUCGGUAUUUGUUGGGGAUAUCCCCGAGUUGCGACAUUAUUCCUUCAAGGACGACCAUCUUGAGAUCGGCGGAAACGUUGUACUCACAGACCUGGAGAAUAUUUGCCAGGAUGCUAUCAAACACUAUGGCGAAGCAAGAGGCCAAAUAUUUCAAGCUAUUUAUAAGCAACUUAAAUACUUCGCGGGACGUCAGAUCAGAAACGUUGGGACUCCUGCCGGAAACCUUGUUACAGCUUCUCCCAUCUCCGAUUUGAAUCCAGUCUUCAUGGCAGCCGAUUGCGUUCUAGUUGCCAAAUCACUAGGCAAAGAGACCGAGAUCCCCAUGGCGACAUUCUUUAGGGGUUAUCGUAGGACAGCCUUGGAACAAGAUGCGAUCCUUGCGUCUAUUCGUAUUCCCGUCACUCGCGAGAAAGGCGACUACUUUAAAGCGUACAAACAAGCAAAGCGUAAAGACGAUGAUAUAGCCAUUGUGACUGGGGCUCUACACGUCACGUUAGACCAAAAGGGUGUUGUGGAGCAUUGUAACUUGGUCUACGGCGGUAUGGCUCCGUUUACAGUGGCGGCGAAAAAGGCCAAUGAAUAUCUCAAGGGCAAACUGUUCGCUCAUCCUGAAACCUUGGAAGGGGCCAUGAAUGCACUCGAGUCCGAUUUCGAUCUUGUCUUUAGUGUUCCGGGAGGUAUGGCUUCAUAUCGGAAGUCAUUAGCACUUGGCUUCUUUUACCGUUUCUAUCACGAUGUCCUAUCAGGUAUCAACGCUGAGAGUGCGCAUGGUGAUAGUCAAGCUGUCGAGGAGCUUGAACGAGUAUUGUCAUCUGGCUGGAAAGAUGAAGACGCAACUACUGCAUAUGUUAAAGGUCCGCUUGGAAAGGCAGCUAACCACGUUGCGGCUUUAAAACAGACCACAGGGGAGGCACAGUACACUGAUGAUAUUCCACCACUCAAGAACGAACUCCACGGAUGCCUAGUACUGUCGACGAGAGCACACGCAAAGAUCAAGUCAAUCGAUUACUCCGCAGCAUUGGAUAUACCCGGUGUCAUUGAUAUUGUUGACAAGGAUGACUUACAUGAUCCAGAACACAACAAAUGGGGUGCGCCAAACUUCGACGAUCUAUUCUUCGUUGAAGAUGAGGUGUUCACUGCCGGUCAGCCGAUCGCGAUCGUUUUAGCUACCACUAAGGCAAAGGCAUCCCAAGGAGUUAGGGCUGUGAAAAUUGAGUACGAAGACCUUCCUGCUAUUUUCACGAUGGAGGAAGCAAUCGAAAAAGAGAGUUUCCACAAAUAUUUCCGGUAUAUCAAGAAGGGCGACCCGGAAGAGGCUUUCAAGAAUUGCGACUACACUUUCUCAGGCGUCACGCGAAUGGGAGGGCAAGAGCAUUUCUACCUUGAAACUAAUGCUUGCGUUGCUAUACCUAAGCCAGAAGAUGGCGAGAUGGAAAUCUGGACCAGUAGCCAAAACCCCAAUGAGAGCCAAGCAUACGCAUCUAAGAUCCUGGGCGUACAAGCAAAUAAAGUAGUUGCUCGCGUAAAACGUCUAGGGGGCGGCUUUGGUGGUAAAGAGACAAGAUGUGUCCAUCUCAGCACCAUAUGUGCAUUAGCUGCACAGAAAACCAAGCGACCAAUCAGGUGUAUGCUUGAUCGAGAUGAAGAUAUGGCAUUAUCUGGUCAACGGCACCCUUUCCUCGGCAAGUGGAAAGUUGGCGUAAACAAGGACGGUAAACUUCAAGCUCUGGAUCUCGAUAUCUUCAACAAUGCUGGCUGGUCUUUUGACUUGAGCGCUGCCGUAUGCGAGCGAUCUAUGUCUCAUAGUGACAACUGUUAUAAGAUCCCCAACGUCCAUGUUCGCGGCCGUUUGUGUAAGACAAACACUAUGUCAAACACAGCCUUCCGUGGAUUUGGAGGACCUCAGGGCUUAUUCUUCGCUGAGUCCUACAUGUCUGAAGUCGCCGACCGGCUCGGCAUCCCAGUUGAAAAGUUCCGCGAGAUCAAUUUCUACAAGAUUGAUGAUGUGACUCAUUUCAACCAGCGUAUCCAGGACUGGCAUGUCCCUCUAAUGUAUAAGCAAGUUCAGGAAGAGUCGGAUUACGCCAAUCGUCGUAAGGCCGUCGAUAAAUUCAAUGCAGAGCACAAGUGGCGCAAACGAGGGUUGGCUAUAAUUCCUACGAAAUUUGGCAUUUCCUUUACAGCUCUAUGGCUGAAUCAAGCCGGCGCUUUAGUGCACAUCUACCACGAUGGAUCGGUUCUUGUUGCACACGGUGGCACUGAAAUGGGACAAGGAUUGCAUACUAAAAUGAUCACCAUCGCUGCACAAGCACUUCAGGUACCGAUGGAAAGUGUCCAUAUCUCGGAGACAUCCACUGUCACGGUAGCAAAUGCGUCUGCCACCGCUGCCUCGGCAUCGUCUGACCUCAACGGUUACGCUAUCUUCAAUGCUUGCGAACAACUCAAUGCCAGACUAGCAUCGUAUAGAGAAAAGCUCGGACCGAAUGCCACUAUGAAAGAGAUUGCCCACGCCGCCUAUUUCGACCGUGUAAACCUAAGCGCCAACGGAUUCUACAAGACGCCUGAGAUCGGGUACACAUGGGGCGAGAACACGGGCAAGAUGUUCUUCUACUUCACGCAAGGUGUUACGGCUGCCGAAGUCGAGGUCGACUGUUUAACGGGGACUUGGACGUGCCUACGCGCCGAUAUAAAAAUGGACAUCGGUCGGUCCAUCAAUCCGUCCAUCGAUUACGGCCAGAUCGAAGGUGCCUUCACUCAGGGUUUGGGUCUAUUCACGAUGGAAGAGAGCUUAUGGCUGCGUAACGGACCGAUGAAGGGUAACCUGUUCACUAAGGGCCCUGGCGCCUACAAAAUCCCCGGGUUCCGCGACAUCCCGCAGGUCUUUAACGUUAGCCUACUUAAGGGCGUCGAGUGGGAGGACCUACGCACGAUACAGCGGAGCAGGGGCGUCGGCGAGCCGCCGCUGUUUAUGGGAAGCUCGGUGUUCUUUGCCAUAAGAGACGCGUUGAAGGCGGCGCGCUCUGAUUACGGGGUUAAGGCGAAACUGUUCGCGGAGGGAGGUGAGGAUGAUGGGCUACUGAAACUCGAGAGCCCAGCUACGCCUGAGAGGAUAAGGCUUUCCUGCGUGGAUCCGAUUAUGGAGCGCUCGAGGGUGUUACCGAAGGAGGGCGAGAAGAGCUUUUUUAUUGCGAUUUAGUGGAGGGCUCCUUCAAAGGCAUAUGUACGACGGGCAUAGCAUUUCUAGUUUAGAUUGGAAUGCAGUGAUUGAAUAUUGUAGCUCAGUGUCAUCUACUUCACUCGGUACCUCUCUCAUAUUUUCCUAACUUGUAUGCAUGCAUCGAGAUUCGAGGAAGUCAAGGGCGAAUGACAACGAUUUCAU